GUGGCCCAGUAUAAGAUGGUUCCUGGAGUGUACUGGGUGAAUGGGAGCCACUGUCCAGCACUACGUGUGUCCACACCACUUGGGUCUGUCUGUGUGCUUACCGUCACCCUCAGCUUGUGGGGCCCCACAGCGACAACACUUUUAGAACUCAUCAGUCAAAGUUUGCAAUGAAGUCAUAAUAAGUGGCUGACGUGGACAACAAAUCAAACAUUUGCGUUCACAACUUGGUUCAAGUGAGAGGCAAAAUCAGGUGUUCAUUCACUUGACAGUGACGGCCGAUUGAGGAAGACGGAGGUGGUGAUCCAUGUUAUCCCUGUCACUCUGAAUAGUGCCGGCGACCUAACUAUACACUCCCCCACUGCUGCACGAGCCUCACGCAAGCUUCUGGUGCGCUGAUGUAGGAGUCUAAUGUCUAUGUCUAAUAUGCUGCUGCAGAACUCUGGCCUACUGUCUGUCUGCUGCUGCUGCUGCUGCUGCGGUGGGAGUCUCUCUUUGUUGUAUACUGUUGCUGCUGAUAGUCUGAGGCGAGAAUGAUUUAUGAAAGUUAGUCAUUAAAGUCCUGAGUGAGAUAUCUUGCCACAUUACGUUUAGAUGGAACUAUGACGCCACGGUGAAGGUUUUAUGCUUAUGUGACAACGUUGCUGAAGGUUCAACGCCAUCGUCAUGGUUGCUUAUACUUAGUAAAAAUAACUGAUUAAAAUAAACUUUAACUAAAGACAAAAAGUUCCAUUUCAAGGUAGAAAUAUUACUCUGCUAGGGGCUGUACUCACCUAUUUGUACUCACCUAUUUGUGCUUGCGUGGGAUGAGCUCUGGCUCUUUGGUCCCUCCCCUCAACUGUCAAUCAACUGGUGGAGAUUGUGGUUGGAGACCCCUAGUGGGAGCUGUGUUGGAGACCCCUAGUGGGGGCUGUGUUGGAGACCCCUAGUGGGGGCUGUGUUGGAGACCCCUAGUGGGGGCUGUGUUGGAGACCCCUAGUGGGGGCUGUGUUGGAGACCCCUAGUGGGGGCUGUGUUGGAGACCCCUAGUGGGGGCUGUGUUGGAGACCCCUAGUGGGGGCUGUGUUGGAGACCCCUAGUGGGAGCUGUGUUGGAGACCCCUAGUGGGGGCUGUGUUGGAGACCCCUAGUGGGAGCUGUGUUGGAGACCCCUAGUGGGGGCUGUGUUGGAGACCCCUAGUGGGGGCUGUGUUGGAGACCCCUAGUGGGGGCUGUGUUGGAGACCCCUAGUGGGGGCUGUGUUGGAGACCCCUAGUGGGGGCUGUGUUGGAGACCCCUAGUGGGGGCUGUGUUGGAGACCCCUAGUGGGGGCUGUGUUGGAGACCCCUAGUGGGGGCUGUGUUGGAGACCCCUAGUGGGGGCUGUGUUGGAGACCCCUAGUGGGGGCUGUGUUGGAGACCCCUAGUGGGGGCUGUGUUGGAGACCCCUAGUGGGGGCUGUGUUGGAGACCCCCUAGUGGGGGCUGUGUUGGAGACCCCUAGUGGGAGCUGUGUUGGAGACCCCUAGUGGGGGCUGUGUUGGAGACCCCUAGUGGGAGCUGUGUUGGUGACCCCUAGUGGGAGCUGUGUUGGAGACCCCCUAGUGGGGGCUGUGUUGGAGACCCCCUAGUGGGAGCUGUGUUGGUGACCCCUAGUGGGAGCUGUGUUGGAGACCCCUAGUGGGGGCUGUGUUGGAGACCCCCUAGUGGGGGCUGUGUUGGAGACCCCUAGUGGGGGCUGUGUUGGAGACCCCCUAGUGGGGGCUGUGUUGGAGACCCCUAGUGGGGGCUGUGUUGGAGACCCCUAGUGGGAGCUGUGUUGGAGACCCCCUAGUGGGGGCUGUGUUGGAGUCGACGUAGAGGACAAGCUGUGACCCAGACCCAUCAUGUGGGGCACCAAGAAGGCAGCAGCGGACCGCCUCAACCUGGGCACCAAGGAUGAACUGGAGGUGAUGGGGUACAAACGGGACCCGGUGAAGCUGGCGCUGACGGUGGUGGCGACGGUGAUGACGGGAGGCCUCCUCCUCAUCCUCAUUACCUGGCGACCCUCUGUCAAGCUCGCCCUUACCCACCGCCGCUGCCCCCUCCUCCAAGCUGACAAGUUGCUUCUCAAGGACAUAUACCAGCAGCUGUGGGAGGAGGAGGUGGUGAGGGAGGACGCUGCAGGGAGCGAAGAGGUUGGUCCUGACGCCCCGCCUCGCGUCUAUUUCGUCAACAAGAAUAUCAAAUACCUGUGGGACGACGCCACCUGCACCUUCCUCAGGUUGCAGUCACUUGACAACGGGACGACGUUCAGCACGUUCCACAACGGAAGUGGAGGACUGGGGCAAGACGAAGCUGCUCGCCGACUCUCACUCUUCGGUGAAAACUACAUGAAGAUCGAGGUCCUCUCCGUGUGGCAGCUCCUCGUCCAGCAGGCGUAUAACCCAUUCUACAUCUUCCAAGUGUACACCGUGGUCUUAUGGGCUCUGCAAGAUUACUUCCUCUUUGCUGGCUGCAUCGUUGCCCUCUCCAUCAUCUCCACCACCCUCAUCGUCUGGGAGACCAGAAGGCAAAGUCGGGCACUGCGGAAGACCGUGACGUCACAGUCGGAGGUCGAGGUCCUGCGUGAUGGCCGACGGACUCCGCUGUCGUCCCGGGAGGUGGUGCCCGGGGACGUGGUGUACAUCACUGAGAGUUUAGGCCGUCUGGAAGUGGACGCCGUCCUGCUGCUGGGGUCAGUCGUCACCAACGAAGCCAUGCUUACCGGCGAGUCUGUUCCCGUCACAAAGGUUGGUGUCCAGCGAGAGUGUGACACAGUCUUCAACGGGGAGGAACACCGCCACCACCUCCUCUACAGUGGUACUCAUGUACUACAGGUGCGGGGGGCCACUCACCUACCAGCAUUAGUUAUCAGUACAGGUUUCUACACAACCCGCGGAGAGCUGGUCCGAUCCAUCCUCUUUCCGAAGCCCAUUGAUUUUCACUUCUACAAAGACUUCCUGAAGCUAUUGGUAGUAUUCCUGGUGCUUGGUGUAGCCGCCAUGACCUGGAGCUUCUUUAUCUGGAUCUCAGUUCAGGCUUCAUGGGACGAAGUCCUCUUAAACUCGCUGGACUUGAUUACCUUCGUGGUUCCGCCCAUCCUGCCCGCUACCAUCACAGCCAUCAACGUGUGGGCACAACACAGACUCAAGCAGCAAGGCAUCUUCUCUCUCUCCUCCAACUACAUCUCUCUUGCCGGGUCCAUUGACGUCGUUUGCUUCGAUAAGACAGGAACACUGACUGAGGAUGACCUAGCGCUGGCUGGGGUGGUGCCAUGUGUUAGGGGUGAAUUUGGUGCUCCGGUGGAGGACCUCAAGACUCUGCCGCCAGACCAGCACCUCACCAAGGCUCUGGUCUCCUGCCACUCCCUCCUCGUCAUCAAUGGAAGGCUCACCGGGUACCCCCUUGAUGUCAAAAUUUUUACAGGAACUGGCUGGGUGCUGCAUGAAUCAGUGUGUGUGGUGAACCCCGAAUAUGGCAUGGUGACACCAGUGCUGGUGCAGCCCAAGGCUGUGGAAGGUGUUGACUUGAGUCAGCACGAAGUAGCUAUCCUCAAGACCUUCCCGUUUGAGUCACGGGAGCAACGCAUGACGGUAGUGACCAUGACCAGGAACAACGCGCUCCUCGAGGUCUUCGUGAAAGGAGCGCCGGAGAAGGUCAUCUCACUCUGCAACCCCAAGACAGUACCAAGCAUUAUGGGAGCAGUGCUGGAGUGGUACACACGACAGGGAUUACGGGUGGUGGCUGUGGCAUACAAGGCUCUCGCGGACUCUCUCACCUGGAAUCAGGUGGAGGCGUCUCCACGGGAGAAGUUGGAAGAGGAUUCAGUGUUCCUGGGUCUUGUAUUGCUGCAGAAUAAACUCAAGGUGCAGACGGCGCCUGUCCUGGCAACCCUACACAAGGCGAAGAUCACCACUGUCAUGGUCACAGGAGACAACUUGUUGACGGCACUGAGUGUGGCUCGACAAAGUGAGAUGGUGCAGGUUGGCCAUCAGGUAAUUGUUGUUAAGGCAGUUGCUGAGGCAGCUUCAGCUGUAGCAGCACAGCACCUCAAAGUCUUCUUUUAUGAUGCCGACUACCAGCAAGGGCUUCACAACCAGAGUAAAUUUCUCCCGCUGCGAAACGACAAGUACGUGCUGGCUACAGACGGGGAGUCAUUUGACUUGAUCGCCAAUGGGCAAGAUAAGGACCUCUUCUAUCGGCUGCUACACAAGGGUCGGAUCUUUGCCAGAAUGAAGCCUGAACAGAAGAUCACAGUCGUGGAAACUCUUCAGCAUCUUGGACACCAUGUUGCCAUGUGCGGUGAUGGCUGUAAUGACUGUGGGGCGCUGAAAGUGGCCAAUGCCGGCAUAUCCUUGUCAUCAGCUGAGGCCUCUGUGGCAGCGCCCUUCACCUCUAGGAAGGAAAACAUCGCCUGUGUCCCCAUACUUAUAUGUGAGGGCCGAGCAACCCUGGUCUCCAUCUUUGCUGCAUUCAAAUACAAUGUCGUGUCCUGUUUCGGCGCUCUGAUCUGUGUCAUGUUCCACUUCUCGAUAAACACUGAGCCAUCGGACAUGCAGUACAUGAUUCAGGACCUGUUACUUAUCACCAUCCCAUCUCUGGUAAUGGGCAACACAGGGGCACCAGCCUACCUCACCCCAUCCCCACCGACACAGCGCAUACUCAGCUUCCUCCCUUUAGCAUCCAUGUUUUCCUUCUUGAUUCUUCAGGCACUUAUGUACUGGGCCAUGCUGGCUUAUGUGCGUGCCCAGACAUGGUUUGAACCAUUCGUGUAUAAGGAGUACACAUGGCCACCAGUCCCGUCCUAUGAAAACACAACUCUCAUCACCAUGAACUACUUCUCGGUCAUCAUUGGGGUCAUUGUCUAUUCCCAUUCUGCUCCCUACAGGAAGCCAAUCUUCACUAACUACCUGUUGACUGUGUACCUGCUGGUGACAACAAUAUUCACCAUAUUUGUCACCUUCUACAAGGGGACGUGGCUCAUAGACUUGCUUGCCUUGCGAAGCAUUCCCGAUGCUGGCUUCUCUGGUGUGCUCUUCUUUGCUGCAUGCAUUAACUGUGCUGUCUGCUUCAUAUGGGAGAGGUGGCUGCUGUACGGUGUGAUGCAACGGUACGUGAUGCCAUGGUUCCAGAUCAUCUGUCGGUCACGUUCACUUCACACUAAACUUCAAUCCGAACUACAAGGCAGAGAGGAAUGGCCUCCUCUCACUGAACCCCCAGAAUCUCAGCUCUUACAAAAUUCGAAUAUUGGGGAAAUAAUGAUGGAUGAAGAACUAGACGUAGAAGAUGAAGAAUAUAGUGACACAAUGCUCAUGAGAAAGUUGACACGCCGCCACCAAUUUAAAGCUACUGUCAAGUACCUCCAUGAAAAGCCUCCUCAAAGUGACACUAAGAUGGAUGGUGUCACAUCUAGUGUUAACAUCAACCCCACAGGUCCACAACAUGAGACACAAUCUGAAUAUGAACCCUUGAUGAAUAUUAAUUCUUCUUGUACUCCACUAGAAAGUGUAGAGCACCAGGAGUCGGACAGUGGUCUUCACAGUAUACCUUUAAAGUUCAACUAUAGUGUGCGACAUCAGAUCAUGAAGGGCACAAGUGGAGCCUUCAACACCUUCAAAGCAAAUGUCAAGACGCAGGAUGUUCUUGAUGAGAAUGCAACUCAGCCAUACGAGAUAAUUCAUCUUCCUGACAACUCUCAGAAUGAACCAGCAGAGCAGAUCUAUGCUACCAUAUCAGAGGUGUCGCCUCAAAACCAGGAGCAGACAAGGUCAGCAACACCAGCACAAGUAAACACAACUCAAGAACAAGAUGGGCAGCAUGCUUCUACUAAAGAAAAGAAUGAGGUAGGACUGCAAGAAGAAUCAGAGUGGGGAAGGGGAGAACUUGAUAUUAUAAAGGAAGUGGAUGAUAUGGGGCUGGGGAGCAUAGAAUGGAGAUUAAAAAGUCCUGGUGCAGAGGAUGACGACAAUACUAGCCUGAUGGAGCAAAUGGACAUGGCAUGGAACCGAAUUUCAGGGUAUCCUCUUCUUCCCCACAACACCAAACAAAAGAGUGGCCUCAUCAGCAGCAGGACAGACAGCAGGCCAAUCAGCUACAGGACAGACAGCAGGCCAAUCAGUUACAGGACAGAAAGCAGGCCAAUCAGUUACAGGACAGAGAGCAGGCCAAUCAGCAUUACAGAAGAAAAUUGUUUAUUAGAACAAAUAUAUGAUGUGCCUAAACCACCAAGACGAGUAGGGGAACCUUGCUCGCCUGUUUCGCCCCAGGGGACAAUCUCUUCACAAUUGCCUGAAAUGACACAGCCUUUGCCAAAUACCUCUACAAUACAUAUGUUCUUAUAA